CAAGAAACUUGGUGUUUUGUGAUUUUUUUGUUUAUUUUGUUUUCUACAUAAGAUAUUCCCGGUUGCUUGUUUGUGGACAUCUUCACUUAAAUUAAGUUGAUUGAUUCUGAGAAUAUUUUAAAAUAUACUUGAAUUUUAAAAUCGUAUUACUGUAUCGUUGAAUUCAAAAUGGAGAUGCUAAAUUUUCGUGCCAUUUUUUGCGUUUUUGUGUUUUUCAUUUGUGAGGCUUACGAAGUUCCAGAAACUAACGUAAUGGAUGACCUGUUUUAUGAAUACUAUCACGAGGCCAGACCUGCCACAGACCGAAAACCAGUCGUAAAGGUUUCUCAUCAACUCUCCAUAAACAGGGUGAUCAGUCUGGUGGACAAUCUUUUGGUGAUUGACACUUGGCAAGUGAUUUCGUGGGAGGACCCCCGUCUGGAGUGGGACAAAUCUUACCAUGAAAGUGUGGAUUCUCUUAAUAUUGAUCCAUCAAAAGUUUGGAAACCCGACAUUGUCAAUUUCAACAAUGCUGGAGGCAACUCUGGACUCAUUUAUAAUAACCUCCCUUUGGUAGUGUACCACACUGGACAAGUGGUGUACAUUCCUCCAACCCGUCUGACAACACAAUGCACACCUCACGGGGAGGUUUUCUAUUGCAUCUGGACGUUUGGCUCAUGGACACAUGACAUAAGAAAGCUGGACUUGAACAACACUCAGGGAAAGUUAGAUAUGUCAGAAUACGAGGAGAGUCCUAAAAUUGCCAUCAUAGAUUCCUCCGUUCACAGAAGGUUAAAAAAGUACGCCUGUUGUCCAAAUAGGUACGCAGUGGUGACUUAUAACCUUACAAUCAGGUGGAAAGACACAGACAGAUUCAGAGGCCUUGAACCAUUACAGAUGCCAGAGAUGUCCUCCAAUGCCACUUCUAAAAGUCUUCUCCAGAAUGAUGAACAGAUUGAGUCCCCUGAUGAUGUUCCAAAGGAUGUGCUGCCUGAGAAGAAUCUUCUGAACGUCACAAAAGAUAAAUAUGUGUAUACAAAUGAAAGCUACGAAACAGCAGAAGAACAAGAGGGAAAUCCACCAGAAUCAGUCCGAGAAAUCGACAACGAACCGGUUGCAUCUGAAAGUGAAAAUGUGGAUGAAGAGACUGUGACUCCGGCAGAGGACAUUAAUGCUGGACAGAGUGAAAGAGACAAUGAGCACAGUGAAGAUCAAACUGUAACAGAAGAUGUAAGGAAAGUUGGAGGGGAAGACAUGGAAAGUCCGAGAGAGAGCGAAAGUGAACAAAAAGAGACGGAGGAGAUUUCCAAAGAAACUUCUACAGAGACAACUUCCGGGCUGGGGAAAGUUUUAGGCGUUUUCAAGUAUUUUAGUACGUAAACGUGCAAGGGUUUUCCUAAGAACAUGCAAUACAUAUUUACAAAACGUUAUAAAUCGAAGUGUUAAUGUGUUUCUGUGGCCCUCUAAAAAUAAUUCGAUGCAUGGAUAAUUUCUAUAGCGUUUGUGGUCCUGAACGAAAAAAAAAAUCUUAUUGUUGACUGUGUCUGAUCACUGCAUGUAAAUUCUGUCUAAAUAUUACCAAAGGCAAAUGGAAUGUCAGAGAGGAACCGACGUGUUUGUAUAUACAUUCACUAGAGCAAAGUAACACUGUGUUAAACAAAAUGUUAAAUGUAUUGAUAGUCUGUAUAUGUACAUUUUAAUAGUUUUAAAUGUUUAUGUGAAACUAAAUAGGAUUUGUUUAAGACCCGGUGCUUGUUCUUUUUAAUUAUGUAAGAAUGUUUAUAUAAUGUCAUUUUUUUUAUUAUGUAUAUAUUUUUGACCUAUAAUAUAUCGGUUUAUGUAUGAACUUCAUGAAUAGUUGACUUUCGUAUAGUUUAUUUUUAUCAUUUAUUUACAUGUACAACAGCAGAUCUAUGUACAAUGAUAUCUACUCUACGUGACGUUGUUUAACAUAGUGCCAUGGUUUCCGACCAAAUUUUUUAGUAGAAAAAGUAAGGGAAAGCUCAGAAUUAGUAACGGGAGGAAAAUUAAGUAGGAUUUUUACCAAAUAUACAGGGAGUCUUUUCUUUAUCAUACAUCAUAUUGAACAACACCUCAAGUAGAGAUUUGACAUCUGAAUCUAUUUCUGGAUGCUCAACUUUCUUCACUGAAACGUUGAAUGUUAUUUUUUUUUUUUAGGAUUGAUGUACAUUUCCUAUAGCUGUUCCCCUUUUCUCUAUUUAAUGAAAAAUAAAUGAGACGUUAACAAA